UAUAAUAGUUCAAUACGUGUUAUAUGCUGUGAAUAUCAUAUAUAGAAUGUUGCGUAAUGCAAUAUAGCUCUGUCACACCUGGCGCAAAAAGGUUUACAGAUGAUAAAAGCCUCAUCAAUACCAGUGAUUUAAGGAAAAUGGGUCACACGUCGAAAAAAGAAAAAAAAAAACAAAGACGCACAUCCUAGUUUAUCGCUGUGUAAGAUUAAAGAACAUACCGGUAUCAAAAUCCGCCUAAACGUGUUUCACUGUGCGUGCACAUGUAAUAUGCAAAGACAGGUGUCCCUUUUUAUGGCAAGAAACAUACAUGCAUCAGUUCUCAUUCCAGUGGUUUUAUAGAGGAAAUGGCGACAAAAACGUUCUCCUCCUGCCUUAAGAUUAUCCGCCCACUGGGAGCGUUCGAAAACGUGCUUGCUGAGCUGCACGAGUCUUACAAAAACACAGCCACUCUCACCCCUUGGAUAACCUCUACAACAUACUUGACAAAUGACGUUUGGGAAAGAACUUUUAUCGAACUUCAGAAAAGUAUACCACACUUGCGUCUAAAAAUUGCAUGCCGAGAAGGACGAAGAUACUUUCAGUGCAUGGACAAUCCUCGCGUCGAAUGGGAAAUCACUAAUACCCUGUCGUCUGAUGAGUGGCAAGAAGUCCACGAAAACACAUUACGCUGGCGGUUUGACACUGAGAACGGGCCCCUUUAGAAAGUACACGUAAUGCGCCUGCCACAAGAUCGGAUCGUUUGUGAUAUGCAUGCGUUUACAACUGCACUUGUCUUUGGGGUCCACCACGCGAUAGCAGAUGGAUUUUCAGCAUUUUUCCUAACAGAAAGAAUACUGCAUAUACUGAAUGCAAGACCACAGAGAGUCGAUGGUGAUGAUGUUGUAUCAAUUCAGCCGUAUUUUCACUUGCUUCUGCCAAGGAAUACGGCAUUUCGUUUGGGGGGUUAUGUAAAGCUGACCAAGACUUUUGGCCGAUUCGUUUUUCCAAAUAGAAGUCAGUACGUAAAGCGAUUUCGUCCACAAUACGCCAUGAAGGAUGGCUGUACAAAGACAGUGGCUUUAAAACACUCCACAGUUGACACGGAACGUUUAAUGGCAAAGUGCAAGGUGCGCGGAGUGUCCGUAACUGGUGCACUUUUAGCUAGUGGCGCCAUAGCCUUGGCAAAUCUUGUAAAGAAAGAAAGCAAGUCACGCCCCAUUAAAAUGGUGAUGACAUAUCCGAUCGAUAUGCGUCGAUUUAUGCCACCAGAUCUCCGGCCUUCUUUCGGUUACUGCAUUAGUCUAACUGACGUCAAGUUGAAGGCACCUGCUGCUGCCACCUAUGGAACCUUCUGGGAACUGGCAAAAGAAGCGACUGAUGGAAUCCACGACAAACUUACCAGUGGCGAAGUACUUCUGGGUUGCAAAAUUAUGCACCGUCUUUUUUCAUAUGAAAAAACAAUGAAACGAUUUAUAGUAUUUCCAGGACGGCAAUAUGACUUUGGUGCUGCAUAUCACGGCGACUUUGACAAAUGGUACGAUCCUCUCAAAAACUUUGACCAUCUCCGUGUCAUAAGGCUUGUCGGCUCUAAUCCACUUCACGACAGUUCAAGGCUAUUCUUUCACAACCUUUGGAGGGUCAAUAGCCGACUCUGCUACAACCUCGACUAUGCAGGAACCGUUGUGGCUGACGGCCACGCCCACAAGUACGCUAAACUGACCUUUGACCUGAUGAAGAUGGCGGCGGGAGAGGAGACCGCCUGGAGCCUAUAGUUUCUGUUUGGAGUGACGCCUUUUAGGGACCAUUCCCAAACCCUAUCGUAUUA